AGUUGAAAUGUGUGUGUGAGAGACUUUUGGUUUGUAACCUAAAUUUUGUAUUCAUUUUUUCCGAGCUGAGCUGUGAAAAUCAAUCAAAAUGCCGAUUAAAAUUUCGAGUCGACUCGCUGCGAAGAAACGUUUGCAAGAAAAUGUUUUGCAUUUGUCACGUUUACGUACGAAUAUCCCAGCUGGCAUGGCCUCAUCAGCUCCACCACUUGGAUCUCAGCUCGGUCAACGUAGUAUAAAUAUUGCAAACUUUGUGAAGGAUUUUAACGAACGAACAUCAAACAUAAAGAAAGGGAUUCCGUUGCCAACACGAGCCAAAGCAACAUCAGACAAAACAUUCGAUAUGGACAUACACAUGCCGCCCGCCACAUAUUUCAUCAAACAAGCAGCUGGCAUUGAAAAAGGUACCACUCGACCAGGUCAUGAGAUUGCUGGUAAAAUUACGCAUCGCCAUUUAUAUGAAAUUGCACAAAUUAAAUUGAAGGACCCACCAAAUGCAUUGCUUACGCUCCAGCAAAUGACACAAAUGUUGGCCAGUGUAUGCCGUACAGUGGGCGUUGAAAUUGUUCGCCAUUUGGAUCCUGAUGAUUAUGCUAAAUUUUUGGCUGAACGCAAAAUUAUCAUCGCAGAACAAAAGGCCGCCAUGGAAAAGGAAAGAGAAUCAAAAAUGUUACGUAGUGGAUAAUUUCCAAAGAAAGAGUAGUUACGGUGGUAGAAAUAAAUAAUAAUAAUUCAAAAUAA